CUUCCGGCGCGGCGGCUCCAAGAUGGCGGCGCUGGCUCUGAGGGGUUUGGGGCGGCGCUGCCUCCUGGCCCGGCUGGGGCCCGGCCCCACCCUGCACCAGUCCAUCCCCAUGGCCACCACAGCCCGGGAGGAGAUGAGGAGGUUCUGGGAGAGGAACGAGCGCCCGGGGCGGCCCCUGUCCCCCCACGUCAGCAUCUACAAGUGGUCGCUGCCCAUGGCCAUGUCCAUCAGCCACCGCGGCACCGGCGUCGCCCUCAGCCUCGGUGUGUCCCUGUUCUCCUUGGUGUGUUCCGUGCCCAUUCCAGGUGUGUCCCUGUCCCCGUUCCAGGUGUAUCCCUGUUCUCCAGGUGUGUCGCUGUUCUCGGUGGCCGCCCUGCUGCUCCCCGAGCACUUCCCCCAUUACCUGGCGCAGGUGCGGGCGCUGAGCCUGGGCCCCGCCCUCGUCUGCUCGGCCAAGUUCCUGCUGGCCCUGCCCUUCUGCUACCACACCUGGAACGGCAUCCGCCACCUGGCCUGGGACCUGGGCAAGGGGCUGAAGCUGCCGCAGGUGACGCAGUCGGGGGUGCUGGUGCUGGCCCUGACCCUGCUCUCCUCGGCCGCGCUGGCGGCGCUGUGACAGCCCCGGGGCGUCCCCGAGAUCCCGAAAUCCCGGGAAGGUGACACCGCCCCUCCCCCUCCCCAAAAUCCCGGGAUGAGCAGAGCUGCCCCAACCCCCCCCUGCCAGCAGCGAGCCCCGUGGUGUCCCCAGUGUCCCCGUGUCCCCAGUGCCGGGCCAAUGCGGGAUCUGUGUCCCCACGAGUGGGAUUGGCACCGGGGUGGGAUCACAGCGGCACAAGGAGCUCCAUUGAGGCAGCGCCCCACGGGGGUGGGUGACAGGUGACAUCUCGCUGCCACCCCCCUGCCACCCCUGGGGUCCUGAAACCCAUGGGAAUUCCAUGAUUCAGCCCGUUUUGGGGGGAAAAUCCCAAUUUUGGAGCCUCCUGUCAGUGGGGAGGCAGCAGUGACAAGUGACAUCUCACUGCCACCCUGCUGCCACCCCUGGGCUCCUGGAUCCUGUGGGAAUUCCAUGAUUCAGCCCAUUUUGGGAGUAAAAUCCCAAUUUUGGAGCUUCCUGCCAGUGGGGAGGCAGUGGUGACAGGUGACAUCUUGCUGCCACCCCCCUGCCACCCCUGGGGUCCUCAACCCUGUGGGAAUUCCAUGAUUCAACCCAUUUUGGGGGCAAAAUCCCAAUUUUGGAGCUUCCUGCCAGUGGGAGGGUACUGGUGGGGAGGGGCUUGUCACCCCAGGUGUUGUCACCCAGGUGUUGUCACCUGUCCCCUGGGGACUAAAAUAAAGCAGCUCUGAUCCUCCAGCCCCGUGUCCCU